AGGAGCCGGCGAGCAGCCUAAACUGACAGUUGACGGGUAGAAAACAAAGAUGGUGUUCAGCGUUUUCCUGCUCAAAUGAGCGGACUGUUGAAAAUAGGAAUCGGGCAGAGGCUGAAAUAUGCGACGAGGGGAGCAUGCUCCGCAGGCGUUCCAGGCCCCUGUGGACGUCCACGCCAGCGCGGAUGGUCAGGUUUACAUGUUCAACAGUAAAGCUAACGAGUCGGCUACGUCGUCGGACGAAGAGGAGAUGGAGAUGAGACCCCGGGCGUGCUUUGAACCGGAACAGGACCGGCUGAGGAACGUCCACUUGUUGGAACGGGAAGUGUCGGACGAUGACAAUCUCAACAAGCUGGCAUUGCAAUAUGGCUGCAAGGUGGCAGAUAUCAAGAGGGUAAACAACCUCAUCCAGGAGCAGGAUUUAUUUGCACUGAAAUCUAUAAAAAUCCCGGUCCCCAAGCACAGCUUUUUAACAGAGACGUACGUCGACUCUCAAGAAGUAGCUCCGAGUUCCACUUGUACGCCUCAGGAGUGGGACCCAGCCGGGCCGUAUCGACACGAAGUCACAAACUUUCUCGUGGAGGUGGACGACGACGUGGAGAACUUGAUUCAGAUGACGGACGAUCAGGACGAGGAUUUAUUGGAUGACAAACCCAAAAGUUUGGGUAUCAGGGGACCGAAGCUAAAGGGUCUUGGUGCGGACUGGGGCAUCCAGUGGUGGAACGCCGUGGUUGCCAUGCUCUUCAUCGGCAUCGUCCUACCCUUGUUUUAUGCCAUUUACUUCAAAACGAAACACAGUGGGUCAACAUCGCCACCAGAUGGCAGCAUUGCGUCGUCUAUUGUGUCUUCUAACAGCUCAGGGACCACCUUUGGUACCAGUGGACCUCCCCACUCCCAAGAACCAGGAUAGACACUUUAACAUCAAGUGCGACAGAAACAUUUGCGCUUUUGGUUUUAAGUUUGUAAGUUUUUGCAUGUCUUCAAUCUCAUUUGACACAGGAAUGUUUUUUUUCGCUAAUCAGACAUUUCUAAAAUGGUAAAAAAAAAAUAAUAAUCUUGCCUUUUUUUCUGCAGUAAUAUAUUUUAACGUAAGUUUAUUCAGUGUUUAUUUUUAAAUUUUUCUCAGUUUAUUUUUGUCAUCCCUGAAUUCAGUGCCAAGAGUGUGAGCGGUGUUUACAAUAGUAAUGCAGUGCAAUAAUAAUAAUAAUUGUGUAACCACAAGGUAUUUAUGAAACAUACAGGUGAAAUAUUGGAAAUCUUGUGCAAAAGUUCAUUCAUGUCAGCAUUUCAACUUUUGAAUGUGAAACCAAUAUGUAAAACAAACUCAUUACAUGCGAAGUGAGAUAUGUCAAGCCUUUAUUUAUGAUCAUUUUGAUGAUCAGAAUGAUCCGUUUUUGAAAACCCAAAGUUUUAAGCCAUAAUCAUAAAAAGUAUAUCAAAAGAAUAUCUUGAGUUGCAUGUCAUAUUUUAAUGUGUACCUUGUAAAUCUAAUUGCUGGAAUAAAUGAACCUUUGCGCGUUAUUCAAAUUAUUUCAAUGUCACCUGUAAUGCCAAUCAAUACCUGAUGUGUUAUGCCAUAAAAUUUGCCUUAAAUUGUAUAUGCUGAUAUGUGCACCUUUUAUGAUUGUGGAAAACUUCAGGGACUUAACUUUUUGUGUAUACCAGCUGUGUGUGAGCAAGCAUAUUCAUUUUUUGGUAUAUAUACUUUUGCAGGACUUUUAUUUCAGCACUUUUGACACAAACCUGGUGUUUGUUGUCCAACACAAGGCAGUCAAAAAGUCAACACAAUUCUCGAUUCCAAGCGACACCCGCAAUGUAUAAUUUGGUGUAAGAAUUAUAAUGAAACUUUUUCGAAACAGGUUACAGGUCGGAAAAGCCCAUUCUGUUUGCAUGGAAACUGCCUAAAAAUGACUUUUUAAAAAUGUAUUUUUAUUUUAAAAAUAUGUAUAUUUUUGAAAUAAAUGUUUGCAUGGUAGAAAACAAUUGUCCACCCUUAUUGGAUGGUUACCUGAAAGAUGUUACAUGUUCAGAAACCGGAUCUGACUGGUGUAUUCUGUCAGAUUUCCCUUCAAUAUACACUCUUGACGGGACUUUAGAUAAAACUUUUGACAGGUUUUGAGCAAAUAAAUGACGUGUAUUCAUAUAAAAAAUU